UUACGUGUUACAGAGAGAGCAAAACAAAAACCACUUUAUGUUUUAUUAUAUACAGAAUUUCCACACAGAUUUGUUGAAUAAACGGCGAAGUGAAAUUUGUCUUAUUAAUCGUUUGUGGCAUGAAAAUGCACAGCAUGCCAACAGCAACCAUUUUUCUUUCCUUUACAGUGUAUGUGUGCGUGUGUGUGUUUAUAAAGUUUCUAAUGUGAAAAAUUUCACUUUACAUUCUAUGAGCUGAUGUGCAUGUGUUGUAUGUUUCUAUGCAAUAUUUGUUGUCGGUUGUGAGCGUUACCAUAUGUGAAUGAGAAGCAGUUUAGAGCUAGAGCGGUCAAGUGAAGACUAAACGCUGAGCUGAGUGCGCGGGCAAAACACUUGACACGCACAUAUAUGUACAUACCAGCACAGCUAUUUUCACAUCUGCAUACAUAUGUUUGUGUGUGUGUAUGCGCCUGUGUAUAACGGCGUAUAUGUGAUAACGCGCCUCAUGUGUGCCACUAUCAGGCACAAUAAUAACAAUAACCACCACACACAUACACAUUCGCAUUCGUAUGCGUUGUGGCCACGCGCUAGUAACGGCGUGGCAUGGCAUGGCAAGGCAACGCGGCAUUAAUCUGCUAUUUCUUAUUGUUGUUCCCGGCUCGCUUCAAAUUGGUGCGCGUUCGCAUUGGAAUUUCGAUAAAAAUUGUAUAUCGUCAACAUAAACAACAACUACUAGUGCAAUCGCUCAUUUGGAAACAAACAAAUACAACGUUUGAUGAUAGCGAAUUCGAAGGCGAGCGAAUUGGGAGCACAAAGUGGGUGAGCAGAGCGAAUUCAAACGGCAACGGCAACUACGAGCCGUAGAAAGUUCACUCUCGCCGCAAAACAUUCGGCUGCAUAUAUUUUGUUGCUUUUCGGUUUUAAAUGUGUAUCUGCAAGUAUAACAAACACACAAAAAACAACAAAUAGAUAGAUAUAAAGCUCAAAACAGACACAUUGUAGAUGCGCAGUGCAGCAAUUGCGUGAGCGCGGUCUGUUGUUGGUGGUGGGUCGGUUGGCUAGAAGUUGUCACUCACUGUGCUACAGAUUUACGGAGCGAAUUCGCCGCUGCGAGUAGUACUUUGCUGGUGGGUGGUGCGCAAUAGAAAAACAGAAAACAAGUGGAAGCAGUGGCAGCGGCAUAUUGGUGCUAGUGGUGUUGGUGGUGGUGCCGCAUAUGCCUGGUGAGAGUGAGAACGAACGUCGUGUGUGUUUAGUGCGCGCGCGCAUGAGUGAGAGCGUCCGAACGACCGAGCGAAGCGCCAACAAGCAUUUCAGCUUUUCACGGAGCGGUUGUGUGGUCGGUGGCAUUUUGCUCGUUCGCUAGUUUCGAAUUUGAUGGCUGCUGUGUCAGUUAUAUCGUGCGGCAAGUCAUAAUUUUCAACGCGUGCGGAUUUUUGUUUUCAACCCACUGGCUCAUUGUGGUAGACAAAUUCGCGGGCGAAUAACGUAAGCCACAUACAUAUACACAUGUAUUUGUGCUCUAGUGUGCGUACGUUUAUGUGAUAACAAUAACAACAACAUAUUCAAAUAAGUACGGUUUGAGGCUACUGAAAGUUUACCUAGUAAGAACUUUCAUCAAUUAAUUCAACACAAAAAUAAUUAAUCCAAGAUGAAGCUACAAAAGACAAGUAAAAUGCUCAAAGUGAGCGAAUUCAAUGAUUUACUCAGCUGCUAUCUUUGCAGCGGCUACUUGAUAAAUCCAACAGCGGUUGAAAAUUGCUUGCAUACAUAUUGUCGCACUUGUAUUGUACGACACUUGCAACGUGAGGCAACUUGUCCACUGUGUAAAAUUGCAGCAAAUUUCAAGCAGAUUGAUGUGGGCAAUCUGAGGUCCGACGAUGUAUUGCGUGCAUUAAUUUUCAAAAUGGUGCCCGGUCUAUAUCAAAAGGAACGGGAGCUAGCAAUACAAUGCAAUAGUCAACAGCAAAUAAAUGUUGAGGAAGCAACCGAUGAUGUUCGCCGAGAACAGGAAACAAUUGGAGAUCAUUUCUUUGCGCCUAACGAACCAAUUAGUUUGUCAUUGGAAUAUCACCCAGCAUUGCUGAAGGGCUGCAGCACGAGCCAAAUACCGCCAGUGCGUUAUCUGCAGUGUCCGGCUUGCUUGAAGAUACGUCACUUGAAACGUUUUCUCUGUUCCAAAUUCGACAUUGGCCCGGAGAGUAAGCGUAUCGAGGUGGAAGUGAUUUAUGAGGAUGAGGUGUUGCCAAACGAUUUUACCCUAAUGGAUGUUGGCUAUUGUUACAAUUGGAAGAGGCAUGCACCUAUGAAAUUCACCUAUCGCAUACUUUUCUACGGCAAUGAAUCUCAAAACCCUUCAAAUAGGAAGAAUAAAUCCGAAAUUGAGGUGAAAGGAAACUCUCGCGUUGACACUAUAAAAACGACCGAGUUAAAACAAAAUGAAGAACUUACUAUUUGUGACGACGCGAACAUCACAAUUGUGUCUACUGCGUCACCAAUAUUACAUAAAGCUCUCAAGAGCAAGAGUAAGUCUUCGAAGUCUAUUAAACUCACUACAAAUAAGACAAACAAUGAAGAGGUGAAUGCACCCGUGAAAAUGAUAUUUGCGCGAAAAUCGAGCGCAGAUAGCGGCAAGAAGCCUUCACCCAAGCGCAACAAUCACGAAGACGUAACAUACACUGUAACAAAUGAUUUCAAGAGUUUACGCAGCAACGAUAUGCGUUAUAGCGACUAUGCUGUCUCGUCCACCACGAGCAAUAGUAAUUCACCCAAAAGCUCACCGAAAAGUGCACAACGUUCGGGCAAAUCUACGUCUAAUGCGUCAAUCAUUGUUGAUUCACCUCCACCACCACCGGUACAAUCUCAAGGCGCUUCAUCCGUGACGCUGCCAAAAUGUGACAUUGUCGUGAGCAUACCGCAGUCGCAGAUGCCGAAGUCGCCGUACUCGAUCGAUGAUGAAUUCGAGAAUGUAUCAUUGGCGCAGUUGAAAACGGCGAGCAAGAAGUCGCCUUCAACCACAACUACAACUAACGUGACAGAGACUGCGAAAGGUGGUUCGACUAGAAAUGUGCCAAAGUUAAAGAUUGAACUGAAUAGUCUGAAGACACGUUUAAGCAUUUCAAAACCCAAAUCGGCCGGUGUGCUGUCAAGUGUAGGGACCUCUGAGAAACGAGAGCGUACAAAACAGCGUAAACACUCAUUGGAUGAAGUAGCUGCUCCGUUGAAUGAUAGGCUAGAUAUAGAGACCUAUGCGAAGAAUAUAGGCCUGCAACCCAUAGAAGUUUUGACCCCACCAGAAUCAUGUGAGAAGCUCAAAUACAGUCCAAAUGCUUCGCCACUCUCGUCUGCAUCCUCCACCACCAGUUCGUCGAAUAACGCUUUUCCAUUGGCCAUACCUAACGAGCUGACGACGAGUACUUCUUUUCACAAAAAAAGGAAAAAGAAACACUCAAAAGAUUCGAAGGAACCCAAAGAUAGCAAGCGGCGUAGAAUGCAUGCAGAAAUCUCCAGUAAACCGGAAGAAGAGAGCCUUAAAAUGAAGGUGAAGCUAACCACACCACAUAAUCAUAAAUCCCACAAGUCUGAAAGUUCUGGUACAAAGAAAAGCAGUGAUGAAUUACGCAAAUCACCACCGGUCGUAAGGGAUGUUAAAGUGCUAACAACUGCUAUUGUCCCAGACGUACCGGUGACACCUGUUAAUGAUAGUAUAUUGGCAUUGAACAAAACUCUUGGAGAGGAAUCGCGUAGCAUAAAUCAUCUCAUGAUGGAAAAAGAAAGAACCAAAGAGGUUGUCAAAGUGGUAAAGGCAGAUGAAACGUUGCUAACACUGCCACAGACAAACUUGCUUCCAAAACCCUACAACAACAUUAAAGAUUCCAAGUUACCCGCUUCGCCACCACUACCGCCCAGUCUCUUCAAGACGACGCCACUAAAUUUUAAUACAAUCACAGUUACCAGUACGACAGCUGGUCAAUCAAAGUCUACAAAUAACUCAUCCAAACAAUUGGACUUGACCAAGAAUAAACAGCAAGUGCCACUGUCGACAAAACCUACCCCAGUACCGCUGUACAAUAGACAGGGUUCCCUAAAUGCUCCGAAACCACAUCCACACUUCAUAGUUCCAAGCCUUCCACGCCGUCCCUCACCCGGCUCAAACAACUCAUAUACACCUUCGUCUAUAGCUAGUGCUAGUAGUAAACAGCUCGGUAUGCAAUUAAAACGCUCCGCCUCUUUGGAUGAGCCUUAUGCAAUUGGUGGACGUGCGAAGCAGGUUAAGCUCGAUGUGUCUCAACGCAAGGCACUGUAUGGUAGUUAUGCUAAUAAGCCGCUUACACCGCCAGCCACCGGCGUAAGUAUUAGCAAACUGGCCGACACCGCAACCAAUGUGCAAAGCUCUAGCGGCACUCAUAAUAAUGCAGUUACAAUCACGGCACGUCCACCGGGUGGCAUGACGCAGGAACAAAUGCGUUGGCAACUACCGCCCUACACACAGUUGCAUUUACCGUUCAACAAGCCGGCCGUGGAAAUUGUGCGCAUCAACUCGAAUCAAACGACGGCUGAUAUGCAUACACCAGCGUUGAAUGCACUAAAGAGUGGACGUAUGAUGGGACCACCACUGUCAAUGGUGAAGGGUAAGAAAUCUGCAGGACAUCAGCUAGGCACUAUGCCAUCCUCUAGCGGAGUAAGAUCACCGCCAAUAUCGCUCAGUGCUGUACCUUUUGGACAGGGCAGGAAUAAUCCUUAUCGUUUAUCGCCACCGGCCCUAAUAAACCUACAAGAUCGACCAUUUACGACCAAAAAAAUCGGCACACUGGCUACAGAUAAUACCUAUAAGAAACCAGAGAACUUGUGCAAGACCAACGGUACUUUCGAUAAGCAGUCACAGCAAUCACGUGUAAGUUUACGGGAUUUUAGACCGACUUCUCGUGAUUACAGUAGCACCGAUAUAAUUGAUGUUACGGGCGGCGCCGCCAAAGAUGAGCACAGCUCAGCAGUCGACACUACGGUCAGUGCCACAGCUGCUACACCAUCAGCGCGAGAAAGUCUGGAAGCUGCUUUAAAUAAAAUUAAACAGAACAUCACUUCCACAACUGCGCAAGAUAGUGCCGCCGGCUCCGCUGCAAAGCAACAACAGUUGCCCUCGCCUACACAGAUGAGCAACGAAGAUUUACAGAAUCUACACCUGCUUUCCGAGUCGGCAACAACACGUGAAAAGAUCGCAAUACGCUCUUCGCUGUCUUAUGAGAAACCGAAAAUGCAACCAUCUUCUAUGGUACGCCAGCAAAACGCUUCGGUGCGUAAUAUACCCAAUCCCUCGGCGUUGGCGUUUCGAAACAUGUCGACGCUGCCUGCUGUGAGCUCCACCUUGCCACCGGCAUCCACGGUUGUCGCUAGUCAAAGCGUCACCAGCAACAGCGCGCCAUCUACAUCCUCAUCCACACCAACAACCAGCGCCGCAUCACAAUCCACACAAAAGACAUUACCUCUUGUGACGCUUCCCUUAACCAGCUCCACUGCGCCUCUCAGCCCCGGCAAUGUUGCGCCAUCUGUCACAACCAGCAGCAGUGCGGUCAGCGCCCCCAACACAAUGAUAACAACGGCACGCACCGUCAAGAAGCCGACAACCAUUGAUCAAGUUGCCGCUAAUUUAAAUAUGCGCGCAUCGGCGGCCGCCGCAGAAGCACACGCGGCCAAAUUGAAUGCCGCGGAGGAUGUCGCACAAAUAAGCUCGUCCAUGGGCAGCGCUACGGCAAGUCAAAAUAAUGCCAGUGACCUGUCAAAGACGACGCUCACCACCGCUGCAGCUUCUUCAACUACAUCCAACGAGUCGUCGGCUACAGCUGCCGAGCGUGUCAAGGAGCAAACGACUGAAGCGACAAACGGCGCUGAUGAGAUUGUAAAAGCGAAAGUGUUGCCAAAAUCUGUAGCCGAUAGUGGUGUGACAACGGCGAUUGUCACUGAUGUCACCAGCAUAGAGAAUACUGCGAGCAACAACAACGGCAAUAAUAACAAUAAUAAUAAUAACAACAACAACAGUAAUAGCAAGAACAACAAUAAUAAUAGCAGCAGCAAUAACGAUGUCAAAUAUGGUGUGACGUCAGGCAGCGUGGCGAGUGAUUAAGAUACAGUCAGUCGUUGCGAAAUUUUCUUCGAAAUAGUAGACUCGGAAGUCAAAUAUUUCUGGAGAUGGAUGGAUGUCAAUAAUGGCACUACCGACAUUUAAACGGUAACUUUUGAUACAAUCAAUAAAUUCUGUUGCAUCAAAAAGGAGUUAAUCAGUAGACUCUCAAUUAUAAUUAUAUUAACGGUUUAAAUGUAAGUAAAAAUAUAAAUAAAAAUUUAUAAAUAAUUAUACGUAUAAUUAAAAUUAAUUAAAUUAAUAAUUUUAUUGCAAACCAAAAUAUUUUUAAAACUUUAAGUUGUAUGGAUAUAACAAAUAUUAUAUAUUUAGGAGUAAUUAGUAUAUAAAUAAAUUUGAAUUAUUUAAAUGUACCUAAUUAGAACUUGAUUAACAAAAACAAUACAUAUACUUGCAAAUACAUACGUAUAUAAAGUAUGUACAUAAAAACAUAUAUGCAAUAUAUUAAUGUAGGAAUUUAACAAAGCAAAACAAAAUGUUUCAGAAAUGUGUUGGUUUAGAAAAUGCAAUUUGGAAUAACAAUUAAAAUAGUGUUGGUUAAUCACUUAUAAUCAAUUUAACUUUUAAAAACAUUUAACUAUAUUUUAGGUUUCUACUAAUCUACAUACCUGUAUAGUUAAAUAAUUCAGCUUAGUUACUGUCUAUUUGAUUUGAUAAUUUAACUAACAACUUUCUUAUGUAAAACAGAAUUCGCACAACUAAAGCUUUAAAUGUAUUUUAAUUUAUACGCGAACUACAAAACUAUAGUUUUUAAAUAUGUAAGCCCUCGCAAAACUCAAUGUAAACUAUUAUAUACCCAUAUGAAUAAUCAAUGAUAUUAAAUAAUUUAGUACGGUACUCAAAAUAACCAUCAAAAUGAACGGCUUCAAAAUAUGUUGAGGUAAAUAAUAAUAUUGACAAAAAAAUUUACGGUAGGCAUAAAUUAACUGAAGAAAACAAAAUAAAGCAAAAUAUAAAUAAAAACUGCAAUAAAUUCAUACGUAGAGUACUUGCGCACAUACUUGUGUACAUAAGUAUAUUUUGCGUAUAGUACGCGCCACAUGCAUACUUUUAUAAUUUGUAAUAAAAACUUAAUAUCCUUCAGUGAAUGUCGGCAACAAAUACUUUGAUACGCACACUUAUUAACAUACAAAUAUAGACAUAUUUAAAAAUAAGUGCUUACAUACAUACAAAUAUAUACGUGUGUGCACAUAAGGUUUGAGUUUUUCAGCAAUUUUGAAUUUCAAAAUAGUAAAAAUAAAAUUUAGCUGUUUAUUUUUUCCAAGUGGUUUAUAAUUCGCCGUCAAUGCGCUGACAUUGAAGUAUUGAUUGCAUAAUUAAAUUCCGAACAACCUGCCUAUUUAUUUUGUUUGAUUGACCAAUUGAUGGGCACAUCACGGCCACUUCAGCUCAACAUUUCAAUCGUCAUAUUUUAUUUUGUAAAAUUGCUUUACAGUUUUGUUAUUAUUUUGUUUGGGCGCCGGCGAUACACAUACAUAUGUAUGUGCAUAUGUUUGGAUUGCUGUGUAGAUUGUUUGUUGAAAAAGAAUUAUUAAUGAGUACUGAACUGUUCGGAAAUCAGAAAGUUACUCGAAAAUAUUGUUCCUGUUUUAUAUUUUUUAUCUAUGUUAACACGCAGUUCUUAAGUUUUAGUUAAAGAUAUACUUUUUGUAAAUAUGGAAAUAUUUGCAUAAAAUAAGUAAUAAUUCAUUGCACACAAAUGAAAAUUCUUUUUUUUUAAUUUUUAAAUUUUUUGUUUAUUAUUUAAGUUUAACAAUUCAUAAAAUUUAUAGAAUUUUAUAUAAUAUUUGACUGUUUAUUUAUUUUUUUAUAAUAUUUGACUGUUUAUUAAUAUUCGUAUAUCUUUCAAAAAUGUAAUUACAUGUAUGAAAAAAUUGCAAUAGAAUAUUUAAUAUUUAAAUUUUUUUAUUAUAUAUAUAACAGUGUUUAUAUUAUAUGUAUGUAUAUAUUUUUACUUUAACCAGUUUAACUGUGUUUUAACAAUUAACAAUUGGCAUUAAUAUUAAAUUUAGACUAAAAUAAAGACACGAGUAAAACAAUUUGGGAAUCUAUUAUAGCAUACAAAUUAAAGUGAACAGAAAAUAGAAAUGAAUGCAUAAAUAAUAGCAAAAAUUUCUGUAUGUAUGAAAACACAAAAAAAUAAUAAUGCAUAUUCUAUGUAAAUAAAAAAAAACAAUUUGUGAGUUUACUGUUAUUCCAUUAGUUAAAUAAAUAAAUUUAAAUUUAAUUUCAAAAUGCCACAAAACAAGCAGCAAAAACAACACAAUAUAAAAUGACUACUGUGGUCAUAAAUACAUAAAAAAGUAUGAAAAAUUGAUGUCACGUAGGCAAGAAAAAAAGGAGCAAAAAAUCAGCAAAAAUGUUUGCAAAUAUUUAAAAUAAACAAAAGCGGAAAGAGUAAUAACUUUUAUGUAUAUACAUAUGUAUAUGCAAACAUACUUCUAUAUGAACAUACAAACUUAAAUAAAUGAAUAAAAAAUCGUAGGAUCAGCAAAUUGAAAUUGAGGAAACACGUAAAAUACUGUAAACCGAAAA